UCGUGAUAUUCUGGAAUAAGAAAAUCACAUUUCCCACAAAACCUUUCACGAUUGAUGAUGUCACGUAAUGGCGACUCUGUGAGUGAAUAGCAAGAACAAUUCGUGUUACUAAGGAGCUACCCAAAAGUAGUCAAGGAUGCUACGAAGAAAGCCAACACGUCUGGAGCUGAAAUUGGAUGACACAGAGGAGUUUGAGAGUGUCAAGAAGGAACUUGAGAGCCGUAAGAAACAGCGGGAAGAGGUAGAUGUAGUUGGAGUGGCAACGUCAAGUGAGAUGGGUGGCACAGCCGGUGGCGCAGAAGGGAAGACCCGAGAGCAAAUGAUCCAUGACCGAAUAGGCUAUAAACCCCAUCCCAAACCCAACACGUUACCAUCCUUGUUUGGAAAUCUCUCCUUUUGAGUGUUUAAUUGACUCAAGAUUGUAAGACAUCAAAGUUAGUUACUGUUCAGUCCAGUACCACAUCCCUAAAUUAACAUGUAUGUAUUCGUGAUGGCAGAAUUUCUUCCACAAAUGUAUUUUUAUACAGUGUAAAUGUUUAGUUUUUUUUGUAUGUUGCUUAGGCUUAUGGAACAAUGACUGAUUUGGAUUACUACAACUUUGAUUUGUUUAAUUGAGUAUUGAGCACUUGAGUCUGUGCUAAUUUCUGUGUAUGUGUGUGGGAGGGGGGAUAGUUUUUUUAAUUGAAAUAAAUUACUUUCAGUCUCAGCAUAGACUGCACCUCUGGUAUA